ACCCCUUCCUACAUCUGCAGCAUACAUCUCUUAUAGCAACCAAACAUCUUUGCAUCAAUCAAUAAAAUCAAUAGUCGAAUUUGAGGCCACCAAGUUUACAAUAUGGAACAGUCUCUCUCCCUUGAAAUUGAGCAUGAAUUUGUUCAAAACUCCGAAAGAGUGAAAUCUGUGGAGCUGCACCCAACUGAGCCAUGGGUUCUUCUGGGGUUGUAUUCAGGAACUAUUUCUAUUUGGAACUAUCGGACGAAGAAAGAAGAGAAGUCUUUCAAAGUCAGUGAAUGUCCAGUUAGAUCAGCAAAGUUCAUUGUUCGCGAAAAUUGGGUUAUCGCAGCAACUGAUGACAAAUAUAUUCGAGUCUACAAUUAUGACAAAAUGGAGAAGGUAGUAGAAUUUGAGGGACACAAAGAUUACAUUAGGAGCUUGGCUGUUCAUCCUUCCCUGCCAUAUGUGGUGUCCGCUUCUGAUGAUCACGUUCUAAAGUUGUGGAAUUGGAGCGAAAAUUGGGCUUGUGCUAAGACCUUUGAAGGACACUCACAUUAUGCGAUGCAAGUCGCAUUCAAUCCAACGGAUCCAGCCACCUUCGCUAGCGCGUCUCUUGACAGCACUUUGAAGAUUUGGAGUCUUGAUUCCUCAGCUCCAUGUUUUACCCUGGAUGGACACUUGAAAGGAGUGAAUUGUGCUGAUUACUUCAUAAGCAAUGGCAAAGAAUAUCUCUUAAGUGGUUCUGAUGAUUACACUGCCAAGGUAUGGGAUUAUCAAUCUAAAAUUUGUGUACAAACUUUUGAAGGACAUGGAAACAAUGUUACAUCAGCAAGUGCUCAUCCUGAGCUUCCUGUAAUAAUAACAGCUUCGGAGGAUUCUACUGUCAAAAUAUGGGAUGCUGUCACAUACAGGCUUCUUAACACAUUAAACUUUGGUCUGGAGAGAGUGUGGAGUAUUGCAUACAAGAAAGGAUCAUCCCAGGUUGCUUUUGGUUGUGACAAAGGAUUCGUCAUUGUUAAACUGAAUCUGGAAGCUGCCAAAUGAAACAAGAUUAAAAGGGCAAGGAAGACACAAUAAACCUCUGCUGCUGGCAAGAGGACACACAGUUAUGCUGAGCUUUAAGCUUUUAACUACACAGAGAACAUUCUAUUCUGCCAUUUGUUGUUUGUGUUUUAAGAUUUUAAGUUUUUCCCUGAAUAAUAUGAGUUUAUUGUAUACCAUAGGCCCUUUGUUCUCAGCUCCAUUCCUACUUUGUUUAUUGUUUGAAGGUUUAAUUGCAAUUUUAGUAAUGUAAUAUACAGUUGAUAUGUGAUUUUGAUCUCUAAUAAUUUAUGGUCGUUGUUCCGGUA